AUGAACGCCCGCAGCCUCCUGCUGCCCUUCCCCGCCCUCUCCGCCCGCGCAGCACCCCGCGCCCAUGCACGCACCCACGCACAGCGCACAACCCUCUCCCUCCUCUGGUCCCUCUCCCCCUCAUCUUCCUCCUCCUCCUCCUCCUCUAGCCCCUCUCUCCUCCUCUCCCAAUCCUCCCCUCUUGCGUCUGCCCUCCGUGCGCCCUUAGCCCCGCGGGGCGCACGCACGAUGGCCACCGCCGUGCGCAAGCGCAAGGACACCGCCGCCGACAAGGGCGCCUCCAAAACCGUCUCUGACGAGGAGGCCAUCUCGGGGCUCGCGCGGAUGGUCGCCUCCGAAGGCAUGUACGCAGGCGACAUGUGGGCCUUCCCCAUGGACACCCUCGACGUCCACAUCCCCAUGUUCCCCUCGCGCCGCCCCCACGCAUCCAUAAAAGACAACCUCGCCCUCCUCUACGCAAACCUCCUCAACUCCUUCAAAAACGCCUACAGCAUGUACCAGCUCGCAAAGACCCCGCACGUGGCCUUCCCCCGCGCACACAUCCCCUCCCCCCGCACCUGGCGCAUCUUCGGCCUCCGCUCCACAAAGGACGACGCCUGGGUCGCCCCCUGGCGCGCCGACUUCCUCGACACAUACAAGAAGCUCAACGCCUCCAUCGCGCAGAACGACCUCAAGGCGCUCAAGCAGCUCACCACGAACCCGCUCACCGACUCCGCCCUCGCCCUCGCGCGCGCGCACCACGCCGCGUCCCCCACCUCCCCCGCGCGCGCCGUCUCCGCCGCGACGCGGACGUACAAGUGGCGGCUGCACGCGCUCAACGCGCCCGCGGAGGUCGUCAGCCUCCGCGCGACGCAGGCGCACUGGGGCCGCGCGGAGCCGCGCACGGGCUCGCGCCUCAUCGUGCACGCGCUCGUGCGCUUCGACUCGAUGCAGACGCUCCUCGCGUACGACGCGCGCACGGGCGCGCUCCUGCCCGGCCAGACGCCCGCCCCGAAGCGCGUCGUCGAGCAUAUCGUGUUUGAGCGCCGGCUGUGGUACGACCUGCCGUGGGUCGCGAAGGACCGGCUAUUCGCGGACGCGUGA